AAUUUAAUUCAAUAUUUAGGAAAAUUAAAAUCCCGCCGUAAAAUGGCCGAUACUCAUGUAUAUUUGUGACAGCCAGCGAUUCUACUCAUUGAACGAAUCAUGGAUUGGAGUCACCAUGGUGUCAAAGUAACGCGUAAAAUACGUUAAAAAUUUUACAUACGCAUAACUUUUAAACCGUUAGAUUCUUAAAAUUAAGACUUGUAUUUUUGGAUUUUACGCGUCAGGGACAUUAAAUGACAAACAAAAAAGGCAAUAAUUUUAUGUUUAAUAAAUUAAAGCUCAUCAUAUUUUUAUACAUUUUCAUAUGUGGUAGUGUUUUUAUGUUACCCUAGUAUGGUAUCACUGUUCCAUGUGUGUAAUUUACCGAAUUUUGUGAUUUAAAUUCAACCACUUGUUGUAAAUAUAAAUUUAAUAUAUUAAUCAUACUUCAUUAAAAUACGAAUCUUUGAUAUACAUGUAUGCGUAAACUCGAUAGAAGGUAAAAGUUAGGUUACGAAACAAUUGACGCACCAAUAUUUUUAGAACUGCGUUUUCAAUGAACUAAUACACGAUACGAACUGGUGAAAAUAUUGUGUUUAGCAUUUCUAUUUUUCUUUGGAAUGAAGACUCCAAACGAAUUUAUUUUCUUAUUGAUUCAUAUCUUUGCAAUCAUCUUAAUUGUACAUUGUGAAGAUGAAAACUACUUUGAAAAUAUAGAGAACUCAGAAGAACUAAUAGAUCCAUAUUCAUUUUUUUAUGAUAAGCACAGUAAAACAAUGGAUAAAGAAAUAAACAUGGACAUUAGAAAAGAUAUGGUACAGGAAAGCAUCGAAGCUCAAAACGAGUUGGAACCUCUUAAACAUGAAAAUAAUUAUAGUAGCCACGAAGCAAUCUUUUAUAAGCGUCUUAUUAAUCUAUUAUUAUCAAAUAUUCGCAUAGAGAAUGAGAAUGAAGUAUCAAUAACAGGAAUAUUAGAGAUUGAGGUAUCCCAUUCUCAAAUGGAAAUACUUAGAAAUUUUCAAAUUCAUAAAACAUCUUUAAGAGAAAUUGAUGAAAUUCUAAGUAAUAUAAUACAGGAACCUCGAUAUAAUUAUAUGUUUGAAGCUAUACAUAUAUUUGAUGUAUUGCACAAAGGUUUUGGCACAAUACUUAGAACAGUACAAGAAUAUCCAGAUGGAGCUAUAAUCUUAUUUACAAUGAUAAUGGCUUGUUUGACAUUUAAAAUGAUAAGAUGUGGGCAAAGAUUUCCUAUUUUGUGUAUUAUACAAAUUAUAUUCAUAUUGAGCUUUUUUAUGACUUGGUGGCAACUUAUAAAGGAAGCCGAAAUUAAGUCUGUUGCUGCACAAAUGAAAUUUUCAGACAUACCAAUUUCUUGUCAACCCGAUAAGAUGAAUUUGUGGCACAAGUUUAUUUCAUUCUUUUCUAAGGACGAUUGUGAGCAAUAUUAUGAAACAGUAAUGUCUAAUCCAAAACUAAAAAUUACACCUGCAUUUGCGUUAUCACAUUUUAUUACUACCGUUGUUCUUCAUCCAGUUACGCACAUAGGAACUGUUAUAUCUGGCUUUAUAGAUAAUGCUACAGAUAAUCUGCCUUGGACAUAUGGAUGGAUAAUAAAAUGUAUGCUGUAUAUAUGUAUAGGUUUUGUUAUAAUAAUGAUACCGUUCUUUCUGUCUGGAGCAUCAUUUAAUUUAGGCUUAGGACCAUUAUUGAGAUUUGGAAUUAGCCAUGAGAGAAAAAAUGGAAAAGGUAAUUCAUUACACAGUCUAGAAAACCGAGAACCUGUACAAAUAAUUCUUAAGGUAACUCACGGUACCGACGUACCGCAAAUACAAGAUGUUCCGAAAGUCAAGCAAUCAAACGUCUUACCAGCUUUAAAAGAUUAUUGCGAAGAAGAAACUAUUGCGACAGAUAGUGAUAUUCGGGAAAGUUUCGAUGAUUUAUGUCGCGGUGAUAUGAUAAAGAAUAGUAAAUUGUCAAAUAAUCAUAAUGAAGAAAAAUUGGAUGCCAUAAUAGGAGAAAAUAAGGAUGGUAGAGGGGAUGGUUAAUAAUUUAUUGAUAACUUGUUUCGUAAAAUAUAUAAGCUGUUAAUUUCUAAUGUACUUAGUCAAGUAAAUAUUUCAUUACAUAAAACUUAA